AUGAGUCUAGGGAUAAGGCCCAGCCCACCAUAUCCUGCACCAAGAGCUUAUGGCGAAGUUCACCUUGUACGCAAUCCCUUCAGUCGAAAGUACAUUCCUGAUGAUGUAAUAGCAUUAAAAGUUAUUGAUCUUGAACAUCGUCGAGAGGAUUCGAAACAGAAAUUUCGAAAUGAGGUCGCAUUGCAAAACGCUUUAACACCUUUACGACAUCCAAACAUCGUGAAGUGUUUUGGAUCCAAUUAUGAGUUAGAAUUAAACCAACUACAGAUUCUUCUUGAAUACGUCCCUGGGGACGAUCUACGAACUAUCAUACGUAAGUCAGUUGACAUAUUCGCAAUGGGUACUAUGGUAAACGAGUUUUGUAAACAGUCUAGGAAUACGUUUAAAAAAAGCAUAGCGUUCUGAAA